CUGAGGACCCUUGCUUUUCGACAAGACAGGCACGAUUUUUGGCCCAAGGGUGGUGUGGUUGAACAAUGAAAACACUGAAUACCCUCAGCACUGGACUUUGGGCCUGAGGAAGGAACCUAUCAGAGGUACUGAGUCCCCUGGGACCCCUCCCGUCCUUAAGUAAAGCCCUUGAUCUCUCUGCCUUAGUAAAAUCGGGACUGAAUGUCCUCCUCGAAAGAUGCUCAAGUAAUGUCCCUGCACCUCCCUAAUUGCUACUUGUUAUUAUCACAGCUGUCCCUUUUCUUUCUGGUGUAAAUUAAGAGUGUGAUAUUUAAUAAAGGCUGGACGUAUUUCUUAGGUUGAAUGAUGGGUUCAAGGGUGGUUUUUUUUGGUGUGUUUUAUAAUUACAUACGUGAUAAAUUAUUUUAUGUGUACCAAGUAUUUUAUUAAAAAAAACAAACCUAGACUUGAGCCCAUUGGUACUUUCCAGAAAGCAGCUGUAACUUGACUGCUCGCCCACCUGUGGAGCUUUGAGUGCUGUGGUGUCUUACGGGGCGGGUGCUCCUCGGAGACACUGGCCGCUGUCAGGAUGAGAAAAGCACUAAAAUAGUUUGGGGGUGAAGGUCUCUGUUAACUAGACAACAGUGUUUAGAUGUGUAAGGAGUCCCUUUGAUGUGCCCAGGUUUGUUUUCUUGAACCUCGCCAGUGACGCAGAGGAGCCUGGACCGACGGGCAAGUUGCCGUGCUCUGAGCGCUCUGGGAUGGAGCAGGUGUGCAGAGGGUGAAAACCCAGCUCUGGGACCUCUCGCUUGCUUCCUUUCAUCGUGAGACUAGCGGCUCAAGCAGACUCACCCGGAUGAGGAUGUCUGUGGGCCUUUCGCUGCUGCUCCCCAUUUGGGGGAGGACCUUUCUCCUUCUGCUGUACGUGGCCGUGACUCAGUCCCACUGGCCAAGUGAACCUUCGGAGGCCAUCAGGGACUGGGAGAACCAGCUUGAGGCGUCCAUGCACUCAGUGCUCUCAGACCUCCCCGAGGCUGUUCCCACAGUGGUUGGCAUUCCUGAUGGCACAGCUGUCGUUGGGCGCUCAUUUCGAGUGACCAUUCCAACAGAUUUAAUUGCUUCCAGUGGAGAAGUCAUCAAGGUGUCGGCUGCAGGGAAGGAGGCCCUGCCGUCCUGGCUGCACUGGGACCCACAGAGCCACACCCUGGAGGGCCUCCCCCUUGACACUGAUAAGGGUGUGCAUUACAUCGCAGUGAGUGCUGCUCGGCUGGGGGCCAAUGGGAGCCACGUCCCCCAGACCUCCAGCGUGUUCUCCAUCGAGGUUUACCCGGAAGACCACAGCGAGCUGCAGUCUGUGCGGGCGGCGGCCCCAGACCCUGGGGAGGCGGUGUCAUCUGCCUGUGCUGCCGACGAGCCUGUGACUGUCCUGACAGUGAUUCUGGAUGCUGACCUCACCAAGAUGACCCCAAAGCAAAGGAUUGACCUCCUGCACAGGAUGCGGAGCUUCUCCGAAGUGGAGCUUCACAGCAUGAAGUUGGUGCCCGUGGUGAACAACAGGCUGUUUGACAUGUCGGCCUUCAUGGCCGGCCCAGGGAAUGCGAAAAAGGUGGUAGAGAACGGGGCCCUGCUGUCCUGGAAGCUGGGCUGCUCCCUGAGCCAGAGCAGUGUGCCUGACAUUCGUGGUGUAGAGGGUCCUGCCAGGGAGGGUGCUAUGUCGGCCCAGCUUGGCUACCCUGUGGUGGGUUGGCACAUCGCCAAUAAGAAGCCCCCUGUCCCCAAACGCAUUCGGAGGCAGAUCCAUGCCACACCCACGCCUGUCACUGCCAUUGGGCCCCCAACCACAGCCAUCCAGGAGCCGCCAUCCAGAAUUGUACCGACCCCCACAUCUCCAGCCAUUGCUCCUCCAACAGAGACCAUGGUUCCUCCGGUCAGGGACCCUGUUCCUGGGAAGCCCACAGUCACCAUUCGGACUCGAGGUGCCAUUAUUCAGACCCCAACCCUAGGCCCCAUCCAGCCCACUCGGGUUUCAGAAGCUGGCACCACUGUUCCUGGUCAGAUCCGCCCAACAAUGACCAUUCCUGGCUAUGUGGAGCCCACGGCAGUCGCUACCCCUCCCACGACUACCACCAAGAAGCCACGAGUAUCCACGCCAAAGCCAGCCACACCUUCUACUGAUUCCUCAACCACCACAACUCGAAGGCCUACCAAGAAGCCACGUACACCCCGACCGGUUCCCCGGGUAACCACCAAAGCUCCCAUCACCAGACUGGAAACGGCCUCCCCACCCACACGCAUCCGCACCACCACCAGCGGGGUGCCCCGUGGAGGAGAACCCAACCAGCGCCCAGAGCUCAAGAACCACAUCGACAGGGUGGAUGCCUGGGUUGGCACCUAUUUUGAGGUGAAGAUACCAUCAGACACCUUUUAUGACAAGGAGGACACCACCACCGAUAAGCUGAAGCUGACCCUCAAGCUUCGGGAGCAGCAGCUGGUCGGCGAGAAGUCCUGGGUACAGUUCAACAGCAAUAGCCAGCUCAUGUAUGGCCUGCCCGACAACAACCAUGUGGGCAAGCACGAGUAUUUUAUGCAUGCCACAGACAAGGGGGGCCUGUCAGCUGUGGAUGCCUUUGAGAUCCAUGUCCACAGGCGCCCACAGCGGGACAAGGCUCCUGCGAGGUUCAAGGCCAAGCUUGUGGGUGACCCGGCACCCGUGGUGAAUGACAUCCACAAGAAGAUUGCCCUGGUGAAGAAGCUGGCCUUUGCCUUUGGGGACCGGAACUGUAGCACCAUCACGCUGCAGAACAUCACCCAGGGCUCCAUCGUGGUGGAGUGGACCAACAACACGCUGCCCCUGGAGCCCUGCCCCAAGGAGCAGAUCACAGGGCUGAGCCGAAGGAUCGCUGAGGAUGACGGGAAACCUCGAGCUGCCUUCUCCAAUGCCUUGGAGCCUGACUUCAAGGCCUUGAGCGUUGCUGUGACGGGAUCUGGUAGCUGCCGGUAUCUACAGUUCAUCCCUGUGGCGCCACCCAGGAGGAUGCCCUCAGAGGCGCCGCCCACAGAGGUGCCUGAUAGGGACCCUGAGAAGAGCAGCGAGGAUGACGUCUACCUGCACACGGUCAUCCCGGCCGUGGUGGUCGCAGCCAUUCUGCUCAUCGCUGGCAUCAUUGCUAUGAUCUGCUAUCGCAAGAAGCGGAAGGGCAAGCUCACCCUCGAGGACCAGGCCACCUUCAUCAAGAAGGGGGUGCCUAUCAUCUUUGCGGAUGAGCUGGACGACUCCAAGCCACCACCCUCCUCCAGCAUGCCACUUAUCCUUCAGGAGGAGAAAGCCCCCCUGCCCCCUCCUGAGUACCCCAACCAGAGUGUGCCCGAGACCACUCCUCUGAACCAGGACACCGGGGGCGAGUACACGCCCCUGCGGGAGGAGGACCCCAAUGCACCUCCCUACCAGCCUCCCCCGCCCUUCACGGCUCCCAUGGAGGGCAAGGGCUCCCGUCCCAAGAACAUGACCCCGUACCGGUCACCCCCUCCCUACGUCCCCCCUUAACCCACAAGCGCCUAGGUGGAGGCAGGGGUAGGGCAGGGCCCUGGAGACAACAUGGUGUUGUCUGUGGAGACCGGUGGCCUGCAGACCAUCGCCCACUGGGAGCCGACACCUGACCUAGCACACUGACACGCAGGGCCUGGACAAGCCCACCCUCUCUGGUCCUCCUAAACCCCAAAGCAGCUGGAGAGACUUUGGGGACAUUUUUACUUUUAUUUUUUGCCUAACAGCUUUUUGUUUGUUCAUAGAAAAGUCUUCGCUGCAUUUUUGAUGGCUGGCUCUGAAAGCACCGUUUGGAGUAGAGGUAGAUGGAGGGAGCGAGGAACCGUGAAUGAACUCGCAGGCAGUGCUGGGUGGCCUCCCGGCUCUCUGCGUUUUGCCUUUAACACUAACUGUACUGUUUUUUCUAUUCACGUGUGUCUAGCUGCAGGAUGUAACAUGGAAAACAGUAGCUAAAGAUUAAAUUCAAAGGACUUUUCUUAAGGUUAAGUUUUUACAUUUAAUCUGCUGUUUACCUAAACUUGUAUGUAUAAUUUUUGGGUGGGUAUGGGAAAUUGCUUUGCUAAAAAUAAGCUCCCAGGGUGUUUCAAACUUAGAGAAGACCAAGGGACAGUAUUUUUUAUCAAAGGAAUCCUAUUUUUUCACACUACGUAAACUUGGUUGCUCUGAUACCCCAGAGCCUGACUGGGGGCCUCCCGGCCCUGGCUCAGGGGCCAGGGCCCUGGUGCUGGGCUUGCUCUCCUGCUGUAGCCAAGGGCUGGAAGCUGGAGGGGCCUCUUGGGCCGUGGACAUCCACCCCCCACCCCAUGCACGCUAGCGGUUCACCACCAAGGGGUCUUCAUUUCCAUAGAAAGGGGACUCCAAGAGGCAGUGGGCCAUGGCCCCCAACCUAGGUGCUCCAGGGUGGGCCAGCUGCUCAUGGGGAUACCUGGGGAGGUCGAGAGACUCGACCACAUCAAUCUAGUUUCUUUUAUCCUUCUUCUGUGUUUUUCCCUCCUAAAAGGAAUAUCAUGGUUUUUGAAACACUCAGUGGGGGACAUUUUGGUGAGGAUGCAAUAUUUUUAUGUCAUGUGAUGCUCUUUCCUCACUUGACCUUGGCCACAUUGUCCCAACAGUCCACAGCCCCCAUCCUGACCCACCCCAUUCCUCUUCUCUGGCGCUCCAGUCCCAGACGUGGGGCCUGAACGGCUGGGAAAGUCUGGUGGCUGGGGAGGAGUGCCAGCAAUAGUUCAUAGUGAAAAUCUGUGGGCUCUCAAAGCUAAUUUUUUACUAAAGUUUUUAUACAGCCUCAAAUUGUUUUAUUAAAAAAAGAUUAAAAAUGGUGAUGCUUACAGCAGUUUGUACAAGCUCUUAGUGUUGAUUCCAUGGAACUGACGGCUUUGCUCAUUUUGAUUCCCCCCCCACUUCCUUUCCUAAUGGUUUAAAUUCUGGAAUUACACUGGGGCUUCUUUUGCCUUUUUUAGCAGAAUGUCCGUCCAUCCGCAUCUCUGUCCCAUGACUCAGGGGCGCCCCCCUCUGCUUUGAUUCUCCUUUGGAAGAAACCAUUUUGAGCAUGACUUUUCUUGGUCUGAGAGUUCUUUGGGGGACCUUUUAGGGAGGAAUGCCUUUUGCAAUAAUACGAUCGAGGGUAGGUGGGUGCACCCAGACUCCCUUUGCACACCAAGCAGCCACUUCUAAGCCAUAUAGACCUUUCUGCAGAGGAUUCGUGCUGCCUCAGGAGGGAGGGCCAGUCCGGGGGGUCUCCACCCUGCCCUCCAGAGGGCCUUUCCCCUUGCGCCUUCUCCCACAGGGCCCAGCCUCUCCCCUGCCUGGCCCCAGCGGGAACUCGAGUGGGUGGUGCCCAGGAUGGGGAGCCUGCAGUAGAUGGAGGCUCAGCAGACCUCUGGUGACUGGGCCUUGUGCCUCCAAGCCGAUCCAAGCCGGAGUUUCCCCAGUGCCCCAGAGCCAGGAGCACAAGUGGGGUCUGACCUGGUGAGAUGAUUUUUGAUGACCUCAUCAAAAAAUAAACACUUCUCAGUGUUCCAGGUGAGGGCUCUGAAAGGCCUUCCAAACAGCUCAGUUGCCCCUAGCAACCCCACCAUGGGGCACUGCCUGCAGAAAUGUGGCUGGCCCAGAAUGGCCUGUUGCCAUAGCAACUGGAGGCACGGGGCAGUGAACAGAAUAACAACGGCAGCAAUGCCCCCGCAGCAGGCAGCUUCCCGGAGUGCGGGCUGCGGAUGGCCAAUGGCCGAUGAGACAGCGUCUCACGUUCAAGUGUUCACAACCACUGAUGUGUUUUUAUUUCCUUCUAUAUGAUUUUAAGAUGUGUUUUCUGCAUUCUGUAUAGAAACAUAUCAAACUAAAUAAAAGCAGUGUCUUUAUUACAAUGC